AUGAAGGAGGACCUGGCCGAGUGGCUCAACGCGCUGUACGGCCUGGGCCUGCCCGGCGCGGGCGACGGCUUCCUGGCGGGGCUGGCCACGGGCACCGUGCUGUGCCAGCACGCCAACGCCGUCGCCGCGGCCGCCCGCGCCCUGGCCGCCGCCCGGCCCGCCCGCGGCGUGGCCUUCCAGGCCCACGGCGUGGCGCCCGGCUCCUUCGUGGCCCGGGACAACGUGGCCACCUUCAUCGGCUGGUGCCGCGCGGAGCUGGCGGUGCCCGAGGUGCUCAUGUUCGAGACGGAGGACCUGGUGCUGCGCAAGAGCGAGAGGAGCGUGGUGCUGUGCCUGCUGGAGGUGGCGCGGCGCGGCGCCCGCCUCGGCCUGCUGGCCCCGCGCCUCGUGCAGUUCGAGCAGGAGAUCGAGCAGGAGCUGCGGGCCGCGCCCUCCGCGCCCCACGCCCCCGGGGCCGCGGGGGAGGAGGGCGCCCCCGGAACCGCCGCUGCCGCUGCUGCUGCCGAGGCGGCGCCAGGGGCACCCGCCCGCGGGCCCCGCAUGACGCCCACGGACCUGCGCAACCUGGACGAGCUGGUGAGGGAGAUCCUGGGCCACUGCACCUGCCCGGACCAGUUCCCCAUGAUCAAGGUCUCGGAGGGCAAGUACCGGGUGGGAGACUCCAGCCUGCUCAUCUUCGUGCGGGUGCUGAGGAGCCACGUGAUGGUGCGCGUGGGCGGCGGCUGGGACACGCUGGAGCACUACCUGGACAAGCACGACCCCUGCCGCUGCUCCUCCACAGCGCACCGCCCGCCCCCGCCGAGGACCCAGCCCUUCUCCCCGCAGAGGGUGUCCCCCACGCCCAGCCCCCGGCCCGGCAGCCCGGCCCCCGGGGGUGAACGGCGAGGCUCCCGGCCUGAGGUGACCCCCGUGAGCUCACGGAGCUCCAAGGAGGGGCCCGAGGCCGCCCUCAGGGCCCGGGAUCAGCUGCCCCCCCACCCCCGCUCCCGACGCUACUCCGGGGACAGCGACUCCUCGGCCUCCUCGGCCCAGAGCGGCCCCCUCGGCGCCCGGAGCGAGGACUCGGGCCCUGGCGCCCGGAGGGAGAGGGAGCGGCCCAGCCGGCGGCUGACCACGGGCGCCCCGGCCUCCCCGAGGCGGCCCCCCGCCCCUCGCAGCCAGUCCCGGGACCAGCUAGAGCGGGGGCGGCCCCAGGAGGCCCCGCGAGGCCCGAGAGCCCCGCUGUCCACCCCCAGCCCCGCGCGGCGGGCCCGGAGCCAGGGCCGCGAGGAGCCGGCGGUGCUGCUGGUGCGCAGGGACCGGGCCGGGCAGCACUCGUGGGCGCCGCGGGGCCGGGCCGGCGGGGGCUCGGGCAGGAGCAGCCCCCGCACGCCCCGCGCCCUCAGCCCCGCAGCCCCCCGGCCGCCCCGGGCCGCCAGCCCCAGCCCCGAGCUGGGCGCCACGCCGGCCAGCGCCUUCCGCACGCCCCUGCAGCUGGACCCGCAGCACGAGCGGCAGCUGAUCCGGCGCCUGGAGGAGGAGUUCCUGGCCAACGCCCGCGCCCUCGGGGGCCCUGCCGGGGGAGCCCCCGCGGGACCGGCCCCCGACCCUCCGGCCCCCGACCCGGCGCGGGCCCCUGACGCCCCAGGCCCCGACUCGGCCUACUGCUCCUCCAGCUCCUCCUCCUCGUCCCUCAGCGUCCUGGGUGGCAAGUGUGGCCAGCCCGGGGACUGCGGCCGGGUGGCCAACGGGCUGCCCGGGGGCCGGGGGCCGGCCCUGUCCAGCUCUUCGGACGAAGGCAGCCCCUGCCCCGGUGCGGGGGGGCAGCCAGAGGCACCUGGGAGUCGCCUGGCUGGCCCUGAGCCGCCAAGGACCUGGGCGCGGGGCCGGAUGGACACGCAGCCGGACGGGAAACCCUCACGGAUCCCCACGCCUCGGGGCCCCCGCCGCCCGUCGGAGCCCACGGCGCCCGAGGCCUGGCGUGCCCUGCACUCCGUCAGCCCCCGGGUGGAGCCGGACUCCUGGAUGUGA